AUGUUCCCUGAAGUUUCCCAAAGUAGCGAUUCUGUUCGAGUACAAGUAAUCUGCGGAGAUUACGGAUUAUCUCCUCAGCCGUCACCUCUUCAGCCACCGUGCGGAAACGGCGAGUUGCGGGAUGGUGCCUUAGUCAUGAAUAAGUGUUUGCAAGCAAGGGCAGAGCAGGAAGAGGAAUUCAUCAGUAAUACUCUAUUUAAGAAGAUUCAAGCUCUGCAGAAAGAAAAAGAAACACUUGCAGUAAACUAUGAAAAGGAAGAGGAAUUUCUCACUAAUGAGCUCUCCAGAAAACUGAUGCAGCUGCAGCAUGAGAAAGCUGAACUGGAGCAGCAUUUAGAGCAGGAACAGGAAUUUCAAGUGAACAAACUGAUGAAGAAGAUUAAAAAACUGGAAAAUGAUACAAUUUCGAAGCAGCUCACCCUGGAGCAGCUAAGACGUGAGAAGAUUGACCUUGAAAAUACUUUGGAACAAGAACAAGAAGCACUAGUGAAUCGUCUCUGGAAGAGGAUGGAUAAGCUUGAAGCAGAAAAACGAAUUUUGCAGGAGAAAUUAGACCAGCCAGUAUCUGCUCCGCCAUCACCCAGAGACAUAUCAAUGGAGAUAGAUUCUCCAGAAAAUAUGAUGAGACAUAUCAGAUUUUUAAAGAACGAAGUGGAAAGGUUAAAGAAACAACUGAGGGCGGCACAGUUACAGCAUUCAGAGAAGAUGGCACAAUAUUUAGAAGAGGAGCGACAUAUGAGAGAAGAAAACUUGAGACUUCAAAGGAAAUUACAGAGGGAAAUGGAACGUAGGGAAGCCCUCUGCAGGCAACUGUCAGAGAGUGAAUCCAGCUUAGAAAUGGACGAUGAAAGAUAUUUUAAUGAGAUGUCUGCACAAGGAUUAAGACCUCGCACUGUGUCCAGUCCUAUCCCUUAUACACCCUCACCAAGUUCUAGCAGACCUAUAUCACCUGGUCUGUCAUAUGCAAGUCACACAGUCGGUUUCACACCACCAACUUCACUGACUAGAGCUGGAAUGUCUUACUACAAUUCCCCAGGCCUUCAUGUGCAACAUAUGGGACCAUCCCAUGGUAUUACAAGGCCUUCACCACGAAGAAGUAACAGCCCUGACAAAUUUAAACGUCCCACUCCUCCUCCUUCUCCAAACACGCAGACCCCAGUGCAGCCACCUCCGCCACCACCUCCACCACCUGUGCAACCUACGGUCCAAUCCGCAGCAUCGCAGUCAGCCACUUUUCAACAUUCAGUGCAUCCCUCCUCUCAGCCUUAGUGCAUGUGCUCAGCAGUCUGUAUGUCAGAAGUGGACUCAUAACAUGGAGCAGUUUACUAAAAGCCAAAGGCUUACUUGGCAUAUUUGGAUUUGACUUAUUUGCACUGAGGUUGUGUAGGCUUCACUGUUAAUUGUGUUGUAAACGUUUGUAUAAAAUGCAGCCAGUGUUGUGGGUCUACAACACUAACUUAACAAAGUUUUCCAUCAGUGUUUACUUGAACUACAUGUAUGUCCAUUCUCUGGCUGGAACAUUUGCUACUCUGUUUGGUAAUACGGCAUUAUGUCGUUUUGCUUGGCUCCAAAGCUUCAUUUUCCUGGCUUUUAGGUUUGUAAAAUUAAAGGGAUACCUUUUUAUAUUUUUUCAUGACAAUUUGCAGAAGAUUAAAGGCAUGAUGGGCAAUAUGAUAAAUUCUGAAAUAUUACAGUGUUUACCAAGCUUAUGGAAAAUCAGCACUACAUUUCAGUCAUUUGAAAUAACAGCUUCUAGUGCAAAAGUGAGCCAGACACCCUAAUCAGUGCCCAAGACACAUACUCUAUUGUAUUACGUAGUAAAUAAGCUUAAUUCAGCACACAGGACACAUCCAUACUUCUGUUUAAAAGCACCUCAAACAUAUGGUACAGUCUGAAUUUUGCAGUGAGGGAACUGGCUUGUUGGAGUCUGUGGAAUGUACAAUUCGUGGACCUUAAGAUUUGAUGAUUUCACUUGACAUUUACAUUAACCUGUAAGCUGCCCAUACUGUGUGAUCUCUCACGAUUAACUGCGGUAAGUGUGGUCCUGCCCACAGGUUACUGAUAGCUGAUUAAGUGUGCUCUUUGAUUUUUUUGCUGCAGAAGGCAAUGUGAUUGUAGAGAACAGCUGAUGAUAAUUUUUUUCUUGUUAAAAUAUAUGAAUUGUGAUUUCCCCUGAAGCAAAGUUUGAACAGGUAUUCUAAAUGUUCAAAAGUCUGUUAGAAAAUAAGAUACAAGGUGAGCAUGUAGGAAUAUAUUGGCCUAACAGCCAAAAGGUAUUGCUUGGUAGAAACAGAGUACAAGAAAGUAGCACAACGUGGCACUAAUGAAUGCUUAUUUAGCAGCCUAAGCCGGUACAAUGUAUAAAGAGAUGUAUUCUGAAUACAUUCUUUCCAUUCAUUUAGCACAAUAAAUUGGUUUCACUUUGCAGUGGAACGAAGUGUCACUUCUUGAUAUUGACAUCUUAACUCAGUUAACGUUUUUUCUGAAGUUCCUGUUGAAUACUGAGGUUUAUAUAUUAUUGAUGAUUUUAAGUGGUUUACCUCAUAUAUAUGGAUAUGUGGGCCAUGGAAAAUGACAAGAGAAUGUUUAUUUUAUGAGAAUAUGUAUCUGGCUAUAAUCAGAGCAGAACAUGAGUAAUUUAUCUUUUGUUUACAAAAGUUUGUUUGACAUGCCUAAUGCUUUAUUAAGGACAUUUUUAAGAAGGAAGUACAGCAUUCUGGUAGUAUACUAACACUUGUACAUAUAUUUUCGUGUUUGCCGCUCACCUCUUCGGCAAGAAUUGCAAAUGGAAAAUCGUUAUAAAAUUAGUGCUCUAAAUCAAAAUAGUAAGUUAAAAUAAUGAUGUAAAAGGUUCCGCUUAAGGCAAAACUAGAAUUUCUUCACUGUAGCUAGGUAGUUUUAGCUCUGAGAGAAUUUAGAGAAAUGCAUAUAUAGCCUAUUACACUUUUUAAACCAAUACGGGAUCAAGUGCAUUAUCAAAUUACAUUAGUUAUGGUAGUGACUCUCCAAUCAAGUGAUUCUCAAGAUUGUGGCAGACCUAAAAUUUGACCAGUGCUUCCAUCUGAAAAUAGUUGACCGUAGCAGAUGCUUACCUUUCCAUAGAGGAAACUAAACUCUGAGCAUUGUAAUUAAACAGAACUCCUGAAUCAGUGGUAGGAUUGCAUGUGAGAAAAUUACAGGCAGUCAGAGGUGGGACUAAAGUCAAUAUAGUAUUGGUUUAGUUUGAUGCUUGUCCUUUUGUAAACAUAAGACAAAAAAAUAUAUUCUUUUAUAAGUAGGAUUCCAGCUGAAGUAUACUGCUAUUUGAAAUGGUGCCCUCCUUUCUGAAGUGCUUUGAGAUUCUUGGACAUACGGCUCUACAGAGUGUGAGCUCAUAGUGGUGGUAGUAUAAAUGUUGGGGGGAGGGGGGAGAGCCUUUGACAGUGUUGUUUUAAGAUCUUAAUAUGGAAAAUUGCCUAGAAUAAUUUAAGUUUGAAGCAUAUUCCAAAACUGAAUUUGUCAGCUGCUGUUAUGAAGUGUCUUAGUGAACUCUCCUUACUGUUCCAGUGGGACUGUUACCAGAGGAAAGUAAACAACUGACAAACAUGUACUAAACCUUGGAAGUGUAACAAGGCACUAAAUUGGCCUUAUCUAACGAAGAACAUUGAACAAACCUUUGCUUGCAAUCAGAAGUGUUAAACUCUAUUUGUAGACUUUUUGAAUAAGAUGAGAAAUUGUGCACAACCAUCUCUUAAUAAAUGUAAAUGGAUUUUCAGUU